AUGGCAAAUACUGUGCAACAAGUACGAAUACUUCUCCUUUUGGAAAUACUAUUGACAGUUCAAACAAGCGCAGUACCUCUUAUGCAGAUUGAGUUACAAGAGCUUGCUAACUCGCUAGAAAUUCGUGUUAAAGUCGUUGAUAACCUUCGCCAUGACGGCCAAAAUCACAUUGUCCAAACGUUUAUCAAAAACUCCGGGCAUUCGCCAAUACCCGACUCUGGUUGGACGCUAUACUUUCAUAGCAUGCUUCCAGUUUUUCCUGACAUAUUAUUGCAGAAAGGAAACAAAACAGUGGACCUUCAUGUUGAGAAAGUCCGAUUUGGUUUAGUCCAAGGAGACUUGUUUUACAUGGAACCAAUCGAAGGUUUUGUUCCUUUGAAAGCUGGAGAAGAACGCAAGUAUAAUGUUAUUGUAAAUCUGUGGGCUGUGUCCAGAACGGAUUUCAUGCCUUUAUGGUAUGUAGUGUCAGAAGAUAAAAGUGUUCAGCCAUACAUUGUCCACUCUACUUCAUCUUUCGACCUUGGUUACGUCCGACCUUUUAAAGACGUUAGACAGUGGAAACGACAGAGAGGAGACCAGUAUAACCCUUAUACACCAGAGGACAGGCUGGCGAGACUCAAGUUUACUGAUACUGGAAAGACAAAGCUGAUUAUUCCAACACCGAAAAACACACGUAUUGACGACACAGUCAAGCUAAGUUCAGUUGAUACGUCAUGGGGAAUACUUGUCGAUGAAAUAUAUUUCAACGAAACAGCUCUUUUCUUAAAAGAGCUGUACGAUUUCAAUUUCAUUUCAAAUGGGUCCUCAAAUUCGAUUGUACUCUCGAGGAACAACACAUUCUCGAAACAGGGAUACAGUGUUAUUGUAUCACCAGAACAGGACAGAAUAUUUCUCCAGAGUAACACUUCACAUGGAAUGUUUUACGCGAUCCAGUCACUGCGAGCGAUUCUUGAAGAAUACAACAGCACAAACAUUCCAUCAAUUGUUAUCGAGGAUGAGCCGAGGUUCGAAUGGCGAGGGAUGCAUUUGGACGUUGCGAGGAAUUUUCACUCAGUUGGCGACGUGAAGAGGUUGAUACAGGCCAUGUCCAUGUACAAGAUGAACGCCUUGCAUUUGCAUCUCACAGAUGAUGAGGGAUGGAGGUUGGAGAUUGAUGGACUUCCAGAGCUCACUGACGUGGGUGGGAAACGAUGCCACGAUUUGAAUGAAACACGUUGUGUCAUCCCUCAGUUCGGCUCGGGACCGUUUGCGAACACUUCAGGGUCUGGGUAUUAUACAAAAAACGACUAUCGAGAUAUACUUAGAUUUGCGAACACACAUUUUGUCACAGUUAUACCGGAGUUUGAUAUGCCAGGCCAUAGUCAUGCAGCAAUUGUUUCGAUGGAACAAAGGUACCGCAAGUAUAUUGAAGCUGGAAACCAAACUGCAGCAGAAGAGUUCCGAAUUAUAGAUCCCGAUGAUACAACGUUUUACACAUCUAAUCAAAACUGGAGAGACGAUGUAAUAAAUCCAUGCAUUGAAUCUACAUAUGCAUUGAUUGGAAAGGUAAUGGAGAAAGUAAAUGCGCUGCAUGAAGAUGUGCAGCCACUUCGGUUUUAUCAUUUUGGUGGAGACGAGGUGCCUCAAGAAGUUUGGUCGAAAUCACCAAAAUGCGAAGAGCUCUUGCAUCAGAAUUCUGCAUUGAAUGUCACACAUGGCUUAAAAAACUACUUUGCGAAGCGAAUUGCCGCCCUGGCCGCUGUGAAAAACAUGUCUCUUGGGGGAUGGGAAGAUGGGUUUACCGACGGACAACCGCGACCUGCACCAAUACAUACGGACCAAAUGUCCGGAGUCGAGCUCUACGUUCAUCCUUGGAACAAUAUUUGGGAAUGGGGUGGCGGCAGUAACGCUUAUGAAUACGCCAAUGCUGGAUAUAAGGUUAUACUUGCACCAGCCACACAUUUAUAUUUUGGCCAUCCACAAGAGCCGGGCCCUGAAGAAAGGGGGCUUUAUUGGGCAACACGUUUCACAGAUACCAAGAAAGUUUUCAAAUUUAUGCCAGACGCGUUUUAUGAAAACAUAUUUGAAGAUCGGAGUGGAAAUCCUUUGUCAAAGGAAGAUAUAUGUGGAGAAUAUUUUUCUAAAUGUACACAAUUGGAGAAACCAGAAAAUAUUAUAGGUAUUCAGGGUGCUUUGUGGAGUGAAACGGUGAGGACAAGUGGAAAUAUGGACUUCAUGAUAUUUCCCCGCUUGCUGGCCUUAGCUGAGAGAUCAUGGUAUAAAGCUGAAUUUGAGUCUAUUCCUCAAAAUGAAGAGUUGUUUGAAGAUGAAUGGAACGCCUUUGCAAACGCUGUUGGGUCACGAGAGUUCCGACGUUUAGAUGAAAUGGAUAUUGCAUUUCGUAUCCCACCUCCUGGUGGCAGAGCACUUAGAGAUGGAAGUGUACAAGUAACAACAACUUAUCCUGGUCUCGAUGUCGAGCUUAGCGAAGACAAUGGACGUUCAUGGCAGAUUGUACAACAGGACCUUAUCAACGAUAAAGUCUCAAAUCCAAACACUGCUCAGAAUAUGGUGGACUACAUUGCUGAACAUCUGGCUGUUCAUUUAGAAGUUAUAAGUAAUCUUAUCAAAGAUCCUCAGCGUUACAUUACGCUGAAGGUAGACUUCACAAAUAAUGGGUCUGAUGAAGUUGCAAAUGGUAACUGGAAAAUUUACUUCUACAGGUAA